GCGUCCCUUGCACUCGAGCCACAGUGAUCAACGACCUCCGCGUUCAGCAGACAAACUGGAGCCGUCAUCUAUCAAAGUGCCCUCUUAUAGAGCGGUCAUAAUGUCUCCGUCUAUCUCUCUUCCCCAUCACACUCUCAAGGAGUCGCCGAACUCGCGCACUAUUGAGAUCGGAGACUGGUCUAUCACUGCUCGAGCGAACCCGAUCUCAAAUGCAGCCGAGUUGGACGCCCUGCAGGCGGCUGUAGGCGGAAUACCUCUCCCGGAAAUGACGUUUGGUAACAACGCGCUGGAACUUGAGCAUAAGCCGAGUGGAUGGAAUUAUGGCUUUGGGACGGAGGAGGCGCUUAAAGGUGUCAAGAACGGCGAACUAGUAGAGGGCGACGGAGGCGUGAAGGUUGGAUAUGCGGAUGCUUGGCUAGCCAGCCGGACAGGUCCAUCGUCUCAACUACCGAUGCCCAAGACUGUAGCGACCAAGCCGUAUGAUUGGACGUACACAACAAUCUACUCUGGACAUGAUUUGCCCUCUUCCACAGAGACAAUCAAAUGGCAGCCCGGGGAUCCUGACAAUCCGUUGCACACGAUCCCACUAGCUGAGCUUACCCGGCAUGAUCCCAUAUUAUUCUAUGCAGAGAUCCCACUCUUCGAGGACGAGCUGCACGAUAAUGGCUCUUCUCAUCUGCUCGUCAGAAUUCGUGUCAUGCCAACGUGCAUUUUUAUCUUGUCACGGUUCACCUUGAGGGUGGAUAACGUCCUCUUUAGGGCACAUGACACGCGUAUAUUUCACUCAUUCUCCUCAGUACCACCUCUGGUAGUCCGAGAAAUGAGCGGAUGGGAGGCGCCGUACGAUUGGGUCCGGAAGCGUCUCCCGAAACGCGACGACUUGACAUCUUUGACGGACCCAACAUGGAUAUCCAAGGUUCUUGCUGAGAUGCCGAAAGAGGUAUCGCAACAGGCGGGCGCUGGCACAAAAUGGAAGGGACUUGGAACCAGGACUGAAUUUGCAGUCUUGGAAAAUGUUCCCGCUGCUCAGAUCGUAAGCUGAGGUCUUUGCGCAAGCGGUGAGAAGUGACGUAUCAAUACCUUGCGCCGUCUGUUUUGUUACGACUUUGUACAAUCGUACGUAUCGUUGCUUCGGAAAGUAUUUAUUGGCUUCAUCAUGCCCCGCCGUUGCUGGGAUGGCAUAAUAUCCUCCAAUUCUCUCCUAUUACUCAACGCAAAAAAUGCUGUGCGAAUCACGCUUUUUUCGAUGUCUC